UCCGUUGAACACUAAAUGGAUGAGCAGGUGGAGACAGACAAGCCCCCCCUCAGUGCUGGAAACCCAAGAGGGCAGAUCAACAGCAGCACACUCAACUGCCCGUUCCUGCCAGCUCCCUACUUCAGCCAAAAUAAUGUGGAGAGCGGCUACAGUCGCCACAGCAGAGACCCGUUGGGAUGGCCUGCGUGUCCCCCACCUCCACCUCCACCUCCACCUCCUGCCCGCGUCCUGAAGACCCUCGUAGUUGGGAAGAAGGAGGAGUCCGGGUUUGUCCGCAACACGUCAAAACUGAAGACCUUGGGCCAGAACUUCGACGACCCUCAACGCUUCCUCACCUUCUACAACAGCGAGUUCUGUUAUGGCGGCGUUCUGAGCCAGAUGAGACCAGAGUUUCGGGGCUAUGAGAUGCUGUCUUUCCCAGCGCCUUACGGUCUCCAAGAGUCCGGCUUCACUCGAGGAAACGGGAACCCUCUGACCGGUCCUCCCGGCGUGGGUUCUGACUCUCGGCCCAGCGCCCCGAAGGCCGGCUCGGUGCCCAAGGUCCCGAUCGUCGGCCGAAAGGAGCGCUCAGGUUUUGUCAGCAACAUGCCUAACUUCCAGAGGCUUGGGGACACACUACAAGACCCUCAGCGCUUCCUCACACACUAUCAAAGCACCUUCUGCAACGUUGCUAGCUUUCGAUCGAAUGGGUAACCCAGCAACAGGAGGCAACCACAGGAGCGUUUGGAGGGAAUGGUGCUUACAGAAGUGAAAACCUGUCAGUGAUUAAUAAAGUUCCCCACGACAACCUGCA